AUGGCUAGUUCCCCACAAUUAACUAAACAAAGUCCAAUCGAUGAUGACAAGGCUGAAGACGACUGGUCAGGUCUAACCGACCCGGCAGAACGCCGCAGACGACAAAAUCGAAUUAAUCAGCGUGCCCGCCGAAGACGACAACGAUCCGAGGCGAAUAAAGACAUCCACCCGAAAAGUGUAGUCGCCUCCGCGCCCCCAUCCUCCGCGACCGCACUUGUCCGCUCGAAAGAGAGUAGCGCCCUGGAGAAUGGCGAUCGGCGCUUCAAAAACGAUUUUCUACGCGCCUUGAUGAAUAGAUUCACCAGUACGGCAUAUGAAAGCUAUAUAACCGGCUCACCGACCUCGGAUCACCUCUUAACCCUCACCAAAGUCAAUGUUUUUCGCGCAUUUGGGAAUAACCUUCGCAUGGCUGGGGGCUGCUUGGACAAUAUGGACGAUGACUCGAUCUCUCACUUCAAUACGGAGGCACCGAGGAAUAAAUUAUUGGAAGACAAUAUGCCGGUUAGCUUGCGACCGACGCGAGUUCAAAAAGCCAUACCACACCACCCUGGCUAG